UCCAUUAGUAAUUGUACAGACUAAAAUACAAGAUCAUUACUCUGGGAUCUGGGGAUUAACAGGCAGGAAGAGGAUCAGACUGCAUCACUAAGCCUUCAGCAAGCAGAGAAUCACAGCCACAGGGUGAGAGAGGCAGGACUGGGUAAACACAAAGUUUCAUGAAAACCACAUCUUAAGCAGUACGCAGUUCUGGAGUCUCCAGGCCCAGGUGCAGGGCCAGCUGCAGAUGGUUAUGGCUGCCAGGCAUUCGUUCGCUGUCCAUUUCCUCCUGGUCCUGAGAGAGAUGCUGGCCUUCGUGCUGUUCAGUUACACGGUGCUCAUCGGGGCUCUCUUGGUGGCUGGAUGGACUACUUACCUUCUUGUCCUCAAAUGAUAAUUUUUCAAGAUACUGUAUGGAUCCCCAAAAGGAUGUAGGCAUGCUGUCUCUUUAAGAGUGUAUCCCUCUCCUAUCUCCUGUAUGUUUCUCUCUAAUAAAUUAAUGGCAGCGUGCUGCAAUGAUUGCUGAGUAUUAUAUAGUAUGUUAAUAUAGCCCAAUUGUCUGGUAUUAUAUAAGAUUAUAUAUUUAUAUUUAUAAACUGUAUCAUUUUAUGUUGGAAAUAAUGGACCAGUACUGCCUUUCACACAAUAAUGUUGCUGCUGUUGAUACAAAUAAGUCAAUCGCACAUUGUUAUAUUUAUAUUUUAUAGAGUUAUGUCUGUGCUUGUUACUGGUAUUCUAAAAGGUAUAGGUAACGUUUCAUGUAAUGCAAGCAAUAUAUAGGAAUUAGCCACAUACAUCUUCCAUUUAUCACUAGAGGGGGCACAGCAUGGGCAAGGCAGAGGGCCUAAAAGGAAAACACAUUGUAUUUAUAUCAUUUUACAGGAAAUAAUGAAGAGUGGAUCACAAGAAUGAAGAUUAAAAUCCAAAUAUUUUAUUUUGCUAUUACAUUUUGCUAGUAGUGAGUUUUCCUUUAUCGACUAUGUUAUUGUAAGUCAGUUGGUUCUGUAAGACUUUGUCAUGAUACAAUUUUUGUAUGCCUACUGUGCAGGUAGCAGUGGAAUGUUGUGUACAGGUUACCCAGGAAUAAAAACCCUUGUAUAAUA